ACAGAAGAAAUAAGGGACGAAUACUCAAAUGUUUCUGACUGUUUAUCAUUGAAGAAAAGACCCAUCUGAUUUACAGAAGUUAUUUUGUUUUUAUUUUAUCUGAAAAUUAUUACAUAGAAACGUCUUUAUUAUUGUGGUUUUUGAGUCCCAUUGACAUUACUUUUAGUCCACCCCGUUCAGUUUUUGCAGCCAUGUCGGUUCAGGAGCUCUUUGUUGCUUCAGCUCGCACUUGUCUGACUGUAGGUAGAAAGUCUCUCUCAGUUUCUCAGAGUCUGGAUCUUGCUGCUCAGGUCUCCGCCGUUAACGUGGGCUUGAAACCCGCUCUUCUUUACGACAGCAACAGCGCCAGCGCGGCGCAGGUCCAGCGGUACCUGAGCUCCUUGCAGUCUCUCCAGCUCGCCUCUGAAUCCCUCCUCCUGCUGAACCUGAACGGAAACAGCGUCGUCGUCAACGCGGCCGCGGUCGGGUCACAUCUAGAGCAGGCGCUUCACGGCCACGGCGUGGCUGUCGUCGAUGUUCGCCACACGCUGGACGAAGCUGCCGUCACCAACGCUCAGAGGGUAGAGCUGAAGAGCACGAUGGAGGGCUUGCUGCUGCUUCUGGAACGAUUUCAGCAACUCCAAGAGGGAGAGGAAUCCCUCCGUAUUGACGAGGAAUGUGAGGAGUGGAACCUGUGCACGGUUUUUGGCUUUUUGCUGGGUUUCCCCGUCGCCUACUGGUUCGAUCAAACGGAGAGCUUCGAAAACUGCCUGUCCAUGACUCCCCUGACGGUGAUCACGGCCUCAGCCACGUGGCGGGUGGGCGGCGCCGGUCACAGAGCUCGUCUGUAUUCCUUCAGCAUCCCCGCUGCUCUGCAGGAGGAGACGCGGUCCGAGCUGGAGAACUGGAGGCUUCGUCUGCUGGAGAGAUUUGAGCAGCAAACCGUCCUGAAGGAUCUCAGCAUCAGUCAGUCCACAGUCACUCUACCCUCUGUCACUUUGUGAUGCAAAUUAAAAAAAAAAGUCUUUUAAAAGGAAAA